AUGUCUUCCCCGGGAUCCGUCCUCUCAGACAUUGAAGCCUCUCCAUUAGCAGCAUCUCCCGAGCGUCCAACCGGAAAUAAGUAUGAUCGCCUCUUUGGCUCAGAUAAUGAAGGCGCGGUGGCUCGUGAUGAGGAGGCGGAAGCUUCCGACGACGAAGACAUUGGACGAAAACGCAGAAGCAGAGUAACAGAUAAUCUUGACGGCGUGAACGACGAGGAGGAGGAGGAGGAGGAUGGUGAUAGAGGUCUAUUCGGUGAUGACGAUGACGACGAGCCCGAGAAAAAGGACCUAAGCGACGUCGAAUCUCACGCAUCCCAUGAUCCAGGAAACGACGAACAGCAAACCUUCCACUCAAUCGAUGUCUCCCUCCCUCGCCAUGCUUGUCCAGACCAAGGCAAUGACGACCUCUACUUAAUGCGCAUACCAUCAACUGUGAACUUCCAACAACAAAUCUUUUACCCAGAAAAUUUCACAAUGCCAAAGGCCACCGAAGACUCAACCGUAAGCCCAUAUACAAUGGCCACAACCACAAUCCGCGUCCGCAAGUCCCCAGCAAACCCAUCGGUCCUACAGUCCAACGCGCGAGUAGUAAAGUGGUCCGACGGUUCCCUAAGUCUCCAAAUCGCCUCGAGCCCAAACCUCUACGACUUGACCUCCAAGCCUCUCGCCCCGCCGCAGAACUCAAAAGCCUACGACGCAGCUCAGGACAGUCACACCUACCUCCUCACAACCCACGAAUCCGCUGGCAUGCUCCGCUUUGUCGGGCAUGUAAAUACCCACCUCAACCUCCUGCCAACAUCUACCUCCCAGGCCAACGCAGAAGCCGUAAACCGCCUCCAAGAACGCCUCUACCAAGCCCAAUCCACUCGUGGGGCUCGCGGCCGCGGUGCUCAAGCCCUCGAAAUUUCAGACAUGCGCGACCCAGAGGCCGAGCGCAAAGAGGCCGAAAAGCAACACCGCGACAAGGAGAAACUCGCUAAGAAAGCCGAAGCCAAGAAAGCCCGCGCUAGUAGGAAUGGCGCCGGCGCUGACGAGGAUAGCAGAGCUGCGGCAAGGAGAUCCUACCCGAGGAACAGUCACACCACUAGGAGUAAGCGUGACUCUCCGCCUAUCGGGGGUAAAGGUGGCCGGAGUAAGGAGGAUGAGUAUGAUCUUGAAGACGGUUUCUUGGAAAAGAGCGAGGAUGAUGAGGAGGAUGAGAUGGAGGAGUCUGAAGACGAGGGGGAUCGCAGAAGAGGUCAUGGGAAAAAGAGGGCUGUCAAGAAGAGGAUUCCCAGUCCUGAGGAGGAGGAGGAGGAGGAGGAGGAGGAGGAGGCAGAAUUCACGGAUGAGGAGAGAGCGCCGAGCCGUACCGUGCGUGCUGGUAAGCGCAGGAGGGUCAUAGACGACGAUGAGGAGGAUGACGACGAUGAAUAA